AGGGCGAUUUUCCGCGUAAAGAAAAUUUUGCGAAAAACUCUUCUUUUUGACCAACUAAUGGCUUAAAAAUUGUCUGGAAAAUACGUCGCAGCAAAAGUAUCAGCAAUGGAGUCGGAGGCUUCGUCCUUGAUGGAGAUCCAAUCCUUGGACUUGAAUAAUUUGUGUCGAGUUUGUGGAUUGUUUAACAAAAUUCUCAUACAAAUAACCAGUGAAUUGCAGAAGAAAAUUGAGUCUUAUUUACCAAUAAAGGUAUCCGAGACUGAUAUUUGCUCCAAGCUGUGCAUACAUUGUACGAAUGCGUUAUUGAAUUGGGAUGAAAUCUACGAAAAUUGCAUCGAAACAGAUCGAAAAUUGAAGGAAAUCAUGACAAUGUCCGCACUCGCUUCCAAUGACAACAACAGCGAAGAGGAAGGAGACGAGGCAGCUGAAUCUCAGGGCUCCGAGAAGGAAUUAGAGAUAGAUUUGGGGAUGUUGGAUGAGCCGCCAGAAGAAUUACGUUUGACGCCGAACAAGUUGCAGGAGAAAGAGAAGAAUUUGUCUGCACAAUUUGAUGCAUUAAAGAAUUCGGUAGAUGAGACACCGAAGAAAAAAGUUCAGAAACGUACGGAAGAAGAUGUCGAAAUGACAAAAGAAGUUGUUGUUGCCACAGAUUCAAAUCAAAACACACUAAAAUGCAGUUAUUGCACGACGGUGAACAUAAAAUCGCAACAAGACCUCAACGAUCACUAUCGCCAAGAGCAUUUUGAUGCCGUAUUCCAUUGCGAAAUGUGCGAUAACUACUUGGAUCGCAACGAUUUGAUGACGCACAUGAUUUCGCAUGCUUUGGAAUCCGCAACAGACUCGCUAAAAGUCGCUGAACCCACCCAAACUACCUCAAAACAGCCAGAAAACAGUCAAGUAGUCAACACAAACGGUCAUUCGAGUUCACUUCCGAUGCCAUCGCCAUCGCAAAUGCAAGUCAAAACAUCAACAGCUCCAACCGCAGCAUCUCCUCCCGCCAAACAACACGGCAAAGAAAACCAACUUUAUUGCACCGUUUGCCAAAAGCACUUUAACACGCGCUCCGGCUUCGCGUAUCACAUCAACCAACAUCACUCCAAAAUCAAAAACUACUCGUGCAGCUUCUGCGACAAGAAAUUCGGCAUGAAACGCAUUCUCGAUAAUCACAUACGGAACAUCCACAGCAGCGAAAAGACAUUCCAGUGCAUGAAGUGCUUCAAGUAUUUCAAAACGGACGCCGCAUUGUAUAAUCACGAGAUUAUCCACAAACAGUCGAAUUACGGGUGCGAUUUGUGCGACAAAAAGUUCCAUUACAAGCACAAUCUCGAGGUGCAUCGACUUUUGCACUCGAACGACCGGAAAUACAGCUGCAACCAUUGCUCGAGUACCUUCAAGACACGCAACUACCUGGCCAAGCAUCUCAAGGGGCACUUUAGUGAGACAAAGAGCUUCCUGUGCACGCAUUGCGACUUCAAGACCACGCAAAAACGCUACUUGUCGGAACACGUCAAGCGAAAGCAUUCCAAUUCAGCCAUAGCCGUUAAAAAGGAGUAAAAGGUUUUUCGUUGCCAUUAUUUUUUGCUUGGAGUAGACGUCUGGUAAAUUAUUCUUGCGUUUUGUCAGGAUUCCAAAAUUGAACAGGGAAAUUAAACAUUUAGACAACAAAAAAAAAAUAUCUUAACCAAAAUUAGACUCAUGUCUACUACUAUACGUACAAAUCAAUUAAUCAAUAUGAGCAAGUAGAAUAGAAAAGUAAAGCUACAUCAUCAUAAAAUUAGUCAAAUUUUUGUCUAUUCUAAACAUUUAGGAACCAACGCAUUUAUAUUAGGAAAUAAGUUAGAACUUCCAAAAUGUUAAUUUGUUAGCUAAAUAUUUAAAAAAAAAA